AUGCUCGAGUCAAGUUGUCUAUGUGGUGCAAAUCGCAUCUCUUUUGAGGGCGAUAUUUCUGUGAAGAUGCGAUGUCACUGUAUUGACUGCCGCAAGUUUUCUGGUUCUACAAAUACCAACAACAUAGCUCUUCCUUUAGCGGGAAUGAAGAUUCUGAAGGGAACACUCAAAACCUACACAAAACAAGUCGCCACUGGUAAUAAUAUGACAAGUCACUUCUGCGGAGAUUGUGGGUCAACAUUAUAUCGUAUUUCGACCUUUAAUGAGGGAGUCGCCGCGGUGAUGAUUGGCGGAAUUGAUGGUUUGGAAACUAUAGAAGAUGGUAAAGCACAUGUCGAGCUCUUUGUGAAGAAUCGACCAAGUUGGAUGGCACCAAUUCAAGGAGCCAAACAAGUGGAAGGAACGUGGCUUCCGGAUCAUGAGAGCUAA